AUGCCAUCAUCACCCUCCAUCCUUCCAUCCUAUCGACAGGCUACCUCCAGACCACACUGCCUGUCCGUCGCAGCCCCGUACAUCUCCCCUCGACGUUACCCGACCCUGUGUCUCGUCAGUCGGACUUUCUGGUCCAUCUUUGCCCCACGUCUGUGGGCCGACAUUGUCCGUUCUGCCACCUUGGCCAGAGGAUAUCUGGACGAUAUCGACUGGUGGUUUCGCUUCGUUGAGGACACCUUGCCAGAUGUCCGUCUGUCCACCCGUCGACUCGUUCGUGUCCUCGACCUGCGCCUCCUGGCUCCGGCUCACAAUUCUCUCAUCUACCUCGACAUCUCCGGCCUCCCCGGCUCGAUAAGCCCGCUGCUCGCCAGCACAGACGCCUCCGGUGCCGCCGUCGAUGCCGUCGUCCUCCCAGAUCUGCGCAUCCUCGGCCUUCGUCGCAAGGAACUUGACGAUGCUACCCUCGUGACUCUGCUGCGACGGUACGCCCCUGCCCUGUGGAGCCUUGAUGUCAGCGACAACCCUGGCCUCUCGGAUCGUGUCAUUCAACCCCUCGCCGACCUGUGCUUUGCCCACACCAGCCUCCGAUCGCACGCACACUUCCAGGUCGAGGGCAGCGUCGUAGCGGCAGCAUCGACCGAGGGCCAGCCAGACGUCGGUGGGUCGUCCGAGCACGGCCCCUUUUACGCACUGCGCGAAUCCGAGCUCAGUGGCUCCUUUACUCACCCGGACCGCUACUACGUCGACGCACCCCUGUAUGAGCAGCCGUGUGAGGGAACAGACAGCCGGCCUGACGGCUCCCUCGCUGCACGUCCAGACUCGGCUGACGCCUGCGUUGCCGCCCUCUUGGAGGGAGGGGACAUGGCCGCCGAUGACCUGCGCUCGUCUCUCGGUCUCACCCAUAUCCACCUAUCCAACACUGGAAUAUCUAGCGUAGGACUGCAGAAGCUCAUCCGUCUCUCCAACGGCCACAUCGAAGACCUGUCGUGCGACUCCAUGCGUCUUCUGCCGCCCGAGUCCACCUACAGGGCGUGGCCGCCGUCAGUAAACCUACGGGGGGUUCUGGGCGCCGCGCACCUCUUCCGGCCCGUGCUGUCGUCCAGCCUGCGUGUCCUGAGGAUCCACCACUCUCUUGUAACAAACCUGCCUACUCUCGAGAUGGACGGCCUGUCCCCCCUGGAACGCAUCCACGUUGCAGAGACGGUCGUCGGUCCCCGCGUCGACGCUGCCUUCCCCCAGACCUUCGAACCGGAUAUGAACCCCCGCCUGGCAUCACUCACGCUGACGUGCAUCCCGCGCCGGUCGGCGGGCACCCUCGCCGACAGGCUGAUUGCCUUCCUCAAGCUUCUCUCUCAGCAGGAGCGGUCCAUUCAGGACGCACAGCACCUCGCAGCAGCAGCCUCGUCUUGGAGAGCACCUACCUUCCUCAGGGGGCUGAGACACGUCAGGCUCGAGUUCGACCCGGAUCCCAUCGAGGAUGGGCUCGAAGGUCUGGACAGCCUGAACGCCGAAGAGCUCAUGAACGAGGCUACGAGGUUUAGCUUCUUCGACCAGUGGUAUGGUGGCGGCGCCCCUGCCGAAUGGAGCACCGACACGAGGAGUUUCGCUCCCGGCCAAGGCCACGACGUCGAUGACGGUGAUGAAUAUCUGACGCAUGAAUGUGAAUGGAACGGACACUGGUCAUCUCUGCGCGUGUGGAUCGGCCGCCCUCCUGCUCCUCGUCCCUGCCCUCCUUCUUCUUCUACCUCCAGAGACACCGGCGCCAUCUCCAUCCUCGGCAACUAUAGAAGUCUCGUCCUGAAAAAGGGUGUCAGAACGGGAGCCGCCCCGGUCACGCCAGCCCAGAGGCUCGCCGGCGUCCCUGCCGACGCUGCGUACAUCUUCCACACGGCCUGGACCCUGGCUGUCCUCCCACCGACGAGGGGGGACCUCUUGGCCUCGCCGCCGCCGCCGCUUCACCGGAUGAGAGAUGUGCUCGGGGAGGUGAAGAAGUUCAGAGUGCAGGGGAGGGAGGUGUAUUCCGAGCUGGGACGACGGGGGACGGUCUCCCCUGCACCGUUGGGCGAACCGCACUACUUUUGGACGGGGAGGUUGGAGGUGUCUCUGUGA